AGCGAUUUGAUUGAAGAAGCAUCAUGUCUGGCAGAGGGAAAGGAGGCAAAGGACUGGGGAAAGGCGGAGCAAAGCGGCACCGCAAAGUGCUUCGUGAUAAUAUCCAGGGCAUCACCAAACCAGCAAUCUGCCGCCUGGCUCACCGUGGCAGUGUCAAGCGGAUCUCGGGUUUGAUCUAUGAGGAGACUCGCGGCGUGCUGAAGGUUUUCUUGGAGAAUGUGAUCAGGGAUGCGGUCACUUACACUGAACACACCAAGCGCAAGACGGUCACUGCCAUGGAUGUGGUGUACGCUCUGAAACACCAGGGCCACACUCUCUAUGGAUUCGGCGGCUGA